UUCUGACCGCCUCAUUGAUGAAAAAAUGUCGAAGUGAAUGCACUCAUAUUUGACGAUAAGCUUGGAUCUUAGUCAGCUUUUCCAAGAUAAGACGUCCAGGCAACCGGGAUUAUCUUCGCGGAGAGUCCACUCACAUGCUGGAAAGUCAACUUUGAUUGCCCAGUACCAGCUUUCGCGCUUCUCAUCGCUUGCGAGCAGUUCAGGUACGAAUUACGACCACGAGUACUUCAGGCGCCCAUACGAUUGACAGACUUUCAAUAUCUGAGUCUUCCCACAGCUUCACCAUCCUCGAAUUCGCGAUCACGACAGCACCAACUUCGCAGAACAACAUUCAAUGAUCUGAUUCCAUCGAGCCUCCCGCAGACCCUGGCCGCUUCCCUUCUUCCCGCUCAACAUAUCCGGCAACCUCAAGAUCCUUGGACUUCUGUGUAGCAGGUUGUCCUGCCGUACAGUUGUUCAUGCGUCGCGCGAAUGUCGAAUGAAUGCAACCCUUAAAUCCAUUCCUGUGUGCUUUCUUCAAGAGCGCUCUGCCGUCGCAGUGUACGCCCGUUCAUCACCAUAUUCUUCUAGUUCCAACCACUGAAGUCCUCCUUACCUCCCGCGAUCGUGAGUCUGGCGUCUCCUACGCAGAUCUCGCAGGAUCUGAGGAAUUCCUCGGUAGCCAUGUUCUGCGAGUACCAGCGAGCCAUGCUGCGACGGCGGGAGGGAAGGAUGCUCCGAAUAUGCGAGAGAAUAGAGGGAAGGCCAAGCAAUAUACGACCCUCAAUGGCAGAACGGUAGUAGUGAAGGAUGCCUAUGUGUAUAGCAAUAAAGGAUUCAAGACUCUCAAUCAAGCACAACUGCUAACAGAUACAAUAUGGUACCCGGACUCUCUUGAACCGCGGCAAUGGCUCAUAUACUAUAUUUCAAGGCCUUUAGUAGGAGUGUACGACGAGGUCAAAAUCACCCCAGCUAUUCUUCCGGCAACCUUGCCAAGUGUCAACGGACGACCACCUUUACCUCCGCGAGCGUCGUCCUUGGGAGAAUCGAUUGGUUCAAGUAGUAUAUUACCUAAGAAGAAAGACAUCAAGAGCUUCAAUGACUUACUGAACAACUUCCCAAUGAUCGCAAGACAGAUGCAACCUGGAUUAGAGAAGCUAUUCAAGGAAUUCACGGUAGUCUUUGAUAAACCAUUGCCACCUCCACCUUCUGCCUCAGUCAUACCCGAUCCAGUACCAGACGGACCUAUAGCCACAGCUAUGAAGAAAGCCCGAUCAAACAGUACCAGUUCUGCGCCUCUCACCAGACCAAAUGGCCAUACCGAUCGAUUAGCGAUUGAGAACUUUUUUGCAGAAGACGAUGAAGAUGUUAUGAGAGGCGCUUUGGAAACCGCUGUUACAGCUGCAAUCGACCUUUUUCAGAUGGUUGAUAAGCAACAACUGUCGUUAUUAGGCGCAACGACCGACCUUACUGGACCUGUUGUGGAACGCCUUAUUGAACGCUAUGUGACAGAGCAAGUUCAUGAUACCAUUUUGUACCCAAGGCUUUGUGCGAUGAAGCGAGCAGAAGAUCUCGAGCUGGAAUUCAAGAUACGGCAAAUGGAGUUCGUCGAUAUUUCACAGGUCGGCAUCAUUAUUCAAGGCGGACAAAGAGGGAAGCACGAAUUGACAUUGAGACUUGGUCGUGCCGUUGAAGAAUUUCGAAAGCUUGGUGUGGCAGGAAGUCCGCAACAAAUGAUGGAUAUUCUGCUUCUCACGCUGAAGACUGUCACGCAACUCACUGAUGUUCCGAUUGCAAGCUUGACAGGAGAACCCGAGAAAGUCAGCCCAGUCCUGACCAUCAAUGCAGAUACUUUAGUAUCGUUGCUUUUGAUCGUUGUGAUCAGAUCACAGGUUCGCUAUCUCCAGGCACGAUUAUUAUAUAUGCGCCACUUCAUAUUCAUCGACGAUAUCGAGAGUGGAGAGAUGGGCUAUGCUUUAAGUACCCUUGAAGCUGUGUUAUCAUAUCUUGCUCGGGAUUCAGGGGGCUUGCGCAAAGCUUCACGUCGAAACAACAAGCUUUGGCAAGCUACCAAGAAAGGCGAGAUCAAAGAGAUGUCGAAGAUUAUGGAACCUGAUCAGGACCACUCUGAUGAGGAAGACGAGGCAAUCAUCGACGAAGUUAUCGACGAGAACACUCCUUGGAGCUCGUCCAAUGGGCAUUCCAGGCGGGGAUCUACCAGAUCUAGUAGAUCAAGCAAGAGCAGAUUCUCACAAGCGUCCACCCUCACUCAUGUGUUUCCAUGGCAGAAUCAGCAUGAAGAUCAUGAUGAAGAUGAUGAUGAAGAACGACUACCACCGUUGCGAAGGCCGAAGACUGUUACGAUGGACACCAGAAGCAUGUCGAGUGGAUCGGAAGUAUCGUUCCGCUCACGAGCGACCACCAUUGAUUCCAUGAGCAGUGGCAUCGAGGGUGACACUUCCAUUGAACGUCUUUCCCAGACUGAAGACUCUUUUGGCGAAUCGGUUCCCAUGAUGGCAGUUCAAAAUGAACGACCGGAAUCACUCAAGUACCUGCUGUCCCUACGCCAGUACUACCCGCUAGAAUCAAUCCUUGAAGAUCGCAAUAACGAAGGCACCACACUUCUGAGCGCAUCAGUUCAGCUUGGGCACACCGAAUUGAUUGACAUCAUCCUUGAUUUCGUCUACCGCGCGGAAUCUGAAGCUAUCAUCAUCGAAUACCUUUCGAAGCAGGAUAUCAGAGGUCGAAGUGUUGCACAUUAUUUGUUCAAUGCACCAAUGCUAAUCCCACGCGUUGGUCGAUUACUACCGUGGCGGCAGAAAGAUCGCAAUGGCCAAACCCCACUAUUCGCAAUGUGUCGUUCCUAUGACCAUGGCAACUACAGGGCCAUGGUUGAAGCUGGCCUGGCUGCAGCCACAACCUCACAAGGCGAUGGCCAACCGUUACACCUCGAUGAUCAUGUAGACGCAAAAGGCAACACUCUUCUCCACAUUGUCAACGAUCCUCAAGUUGCAUUGAGGAUCCUGCUUCAAUGCGACUCCGAUGUCAACGCCGUCAACGACAAGAAGUUCACUGCUUUGAUGGUGGCCAGCAAGUAUGGGAGAAUAGAAAUGGUCCGCGCGUUAUUUGGAGACCCUAGAGUUGACCUAUUCGCCAAGGAACUGCGUGGACUCACUGCAGUAGAACUAGCCAAGGAUGAUGAAGUCCGUAAUAGGAUAGACGAUCUGAUCCUGUUUGCAGGCCAACCUGCUGCUGAUGGACGAAUUACAUCUGUCGUGCGAUCAUUCUUUGUCGAAGACGCGACGAUAAGACUUGUAGUGAAAUCAGGGGCACCUUCAGCAAAUCAAAGCUAUACGGUUACGACCUGUAGACGCUCUCUCUUGGACUUUGAGCAUCUCGCAAAGCUAUUGGCCCUCGAGAAUCCCGCUUCGUGGCUACCGUCUAUCACGGGCAUGCGUUCUCCAUUUCAGCUACCCUCGAAGCCUUCAAGAGCUGUUUUGCGAGACAUACAGAUUCGACUUGAUGCGUUCUUGAAGAUUCUUCUCGCCCAUACAACAUUUGCCACACACGAGAUGCUCUGGGAAUUUUUCCUUGUUCCAGACAUUCAAGCGGAUAUGAUGGAGCAACGUAGUAACGCAAAGGCCGCAGCUAGAGUUGAUAAUGUGAGAGAAGAGUAUGAGCCAGUCGAAGAUAUACGAGAUGUCGAACAGUUCGUUGAUCACGCAAGAGACAUGGUCCGAAGUGUCAAUUACUCUACUAAGAGUGUUGCACGGAGGGCUAACAUGGUGCGAUCUGCCACCAAAGAUCUCUAUGAUGCAUACUCUUUAGCACUACGUGCUUUGUCGACUCUCGAAUGUCUGCCCCUAACUCAUGUAUCAGCCCUAGAAACAUAUGUUCAAACGCUUGCCCCUACAGCUUCAUCACCGUACACAGCUUUUCAUUCGGCUAUUCUCUCAAUCCACAGCACCAUCAUCGCAAUGCUUCUGUCGUUAUCUAGACCGACAUCCCUUAUAUCGUCCAUCAACACCUCUCGCAAAUCCAUUGAACGGAAUUACAACUCGCUUUCACGUUCUACUCGCUGGCCGCUCGGUCUCCUAGACGAGACACGGCAACGUCUCAACGAAGAAAAGGAAGACAAGGUACGGCGUACAAGAGAAGAAGCUGAGGGACUUGGUAAGGAACUGAGGUACACUCAGCAAGUUGUCGCUGCUGAACUUGCUGGAUGGCAAGAUCUGCAUGAGAAGAUGGGACGAAAAGCCAUCAAAGAUCUAGCGAAAUCUAUGUUGAUCAAAGAACGAACGGCCUUGGAAGGCAUGAAGCGAGCGAUCCGGAAACUGAAAGUUGUCCCGGUUGUACAAUUCCGACCGAGUAUGCCCGAAGCACUCAUCGUGGAGUCGGACACUAAUAGCGGAGUAAUAGCGGCUGCGAACGAGGGUGAAGUAGAUGACACCACCACAGGAUGAUGUUAAUAGGAGCAAGAGAGAGCCAAGAUCUUGCUUUGUGUAUGAUUGUUGGAUACGAUAGACUGCUUGGACAGGAAUCCUUGAUUUGACGAGGACGGCGUUGGGCAAGCGACCGGAACACUUUCAUGGUGGAUGGGCGGUUUUUCUGAUUAUGACUUUGAGCCGAGCGCUGCAUAGCACUGCACAUAAAGAAUACCUUAAUGACGUUGCGAAUUGCUCCUU